AUGUUAUUCUUUGCUUCUUUUCUCCAUUUUCUUUUAUUUCUUAUUCAUUUAUUUUUUAUUUCAUUCAUUCAUUUUUUUUUUUCAUUAUUUGCAUCGUUCAUGUAUUUAUUCUUAAUUUUCUUUUCCGUUUCUUUUAUUCUUUUUCGUUCAUUCUUUUUCUCUUUUUUGUUCCUUCUUGCUUUUUAUUGUUUCUUUUUUCAUUCCUUUUAUUUUUCAGUCAUUAAUUCUUCUUUCUUUUAUUUGUUCUUUUCCCCUUUGAGUUUUCUUUCGUCUUUUAUUUUUCCUUCAGAAAUUCUUUCUUUCUGUUUCCUUCUAUUUUUCCUCUCAUUCUGCGCCAUACAUUUCCUUUCACACUCCUUCACCCUGGAAGAAAAUAUACUUAUCCAUUCUUAUUCCUAUCUCUCACUGUCAUUGCAGAGCUUGUCUAUGAAUAUAAAAACAAACACAUACAUGCCUUACUUCUUUCUUGUCCCUCUCUCUUUCCUCCCCUCUCUAUUUACAUCUAUCUAUCUCUAUCUAUAG